AUGUCCACGCCAGCCCAACGCCGGCUUCUGCGGGAUCUCAAACGCCUACAGAACGACCCACCUCCAGGAAUAUGUGGCUCUCCCACAGACAAUGUAAUGGUUUGGAACGCCGUAAUCUUCGGACCGGAGGAAACCGCUUUCGAGGAUGGCACAUUUAAGCUGAAGCUUGAGUUCACCGAAGAAUACCCUAACAAGGCGCCUCGCGUUGUUUUCGUUUCAAAAAUGUUCCAUCCCAAUGUUUACGCUGACGGUAGUAUAUGCUUGGAUAUUCUUUCGAACGCAUGGAGUCCUACCUACGACGUCCUUGCAAUUUUGACUUCCAUUCAGUCGCUUCUUGAUGAACCUAAUCCCAACUCACCGGCAAAUAGUGUAGCGGCCCAGUUGUACGUCGAGAAUCGCAGGGAAUACGAGAAGCGAGUCCGCGCUUGUGUCGAAGACAGUUGGGACGACAAGGACGCAUGA